CAAUAGAAAUCAGCAGCUUGAAAAAAGUUUUUGAAACAAACGUUUUUGCAUCAUUGAAUAUCCGAUUGAACAGCAGAACUAAACCAUGAAACGAUUCAAUGAUCGUUAUUAUUCAACAAUCAUCUUCAUCAUCAUUAUUGUUUUGUUUCAUCAGAUGAUUGCAACCAAUCAAUCAUCAUCAUUCGAAAAUGAAUCGAAUAACCAAAAUGAUAUUAUUGAUCAAUCAAAUCAUUUUGAAUUAAAGGAACAGCAGCAAAUCGAUAAUUCAUCAUCAUCAUCAUCAUCGUCGAAUGAAUCGGGAAAAAUUUCAGAAAAUUCUACCACAACAUCAUCUUCGUCGAUAAAUGCCCGCUAUAAUUGUACACCGGUCGAUAGAAAUGAGACAGCCAAAUUAAUUGUCGUUAAUUCAUCUUCGAUACCAAGCUAUAUACAAUUGAAAAAUUAUUUUAUUGUCGAUCUGUUCUAUUUGAAUCAUUCAAAUAAUGAUGAUAAUGGUGGUGGUGGUGGGGGUGGUAAUCCAGAUGCAUCUUCGACUGAUAAUAAUGAAACAACAACAACAACAACGGAAUCGAUUGAGAUGAAUAAUACUACAGCAUCGACAAAUGAAACUUCGGGUCAAUGUUCAAUAAUGAUUUUCUAUUAUAAUUGGUGUCGAUUCAGUUCGGCUGCUGCACCAAAAUUCAAUGCAAUUGGUCGUCUUUAUCCACAAAUGUAUAUUAUGGCUAUCGAUGCUUAUUAUCAUUAUAGCAUCACAAUUCGUUUUGGUGUUUCCGGUGUACCAAGCAUUUAUUUUCUAUAUAAUGGUCGUGCUGUUGCUAAAUAUAAUCGUACCGAUAUAACAAUGGAUGGUCUUCAUGAAUUUAUUCAUUCAUUAACAUCAUUAGAGCCUAUUCAACCGAAUAUUACUGAUAAUAAUUAUGAAGAUAGUGAUAAUGAAGAUAAUAAUCAAAACGAAGAAAAUGAAAAUAAAACAUCAAAUACAAAACAAUAUUGGAAGAAUAUUACCGAAAAUGAUUUAAAUGGUCCAUUAGUAAUAUCAAUGGAAAAUCAACAAAAUUAUUUAUUAAUUUUUUGCUGGAAAUUUUGUCUAAUCGUAUUAUUUUAUCAUUUUUUUCGUUCAAAUUUAUUUACAAAAAUCAAAGAUCAUGUUCGUUCAAUGUGGAAUGAAUGGGCACAAACUGUUCAACAUCAUGAACAUACUGAUUAAUUAAAUACUGAAUGAAUCGAAUGAUUUGAUUGAUCUUUGAUCUGUUGAUUGAUUGAUUGAUUCGAGGGAAAAUCUCCAAACUUG